AUGCAGAUGCUUACCAAGUUUGAGAGUAAAUCACCUAGAGUCAAGGGUAUUGCUUUUCAUCCGAAAACACCUUUGUUAGCUGCCUCUCUGCAUAAUGGUACUAUUCAAUUAUGGAAUUAUCAGAUGGGCACUUUAGUGGAUAGGUAUGAUGAACAUGAUGGCCCUGUUAGAGGAAUAUGUUUCCAUCCUACUCAACCAAUCUUCUGUUCAGGUGGUGAUGACUAUAAGAUCAAGGUGUGGAACUAUAAGCAAAGGAAAUGUUUAUUCACUUUGACUGGACAUCUCGACUACGUCAGAACUGUCUUCUUUCAUAGAGAAUACCCAUGGAUCAUCUCCGCUUCAGAUGAUCAAACCAUCAGAAUAUGGAAUUGGCAAUCUAGAACUUGUAUUGCUAUCUUAACAGGGCACAAUCACUAUAUCAUGUGUGCUCAAUUCCACCCUUGGGAUGAUCUGGUCGUUUCUGCAUCCAUGGAUUUGACAGUUCGAGUUUGGGAUAUCUCUGGUUUGAGAAAGAAAAAUCAAGCUUCUCAAGCACCAAUGUCCUUUGAAGAGCAAGCGUCGAGAGCGAAUCAAAAUCAAGCUGAUUUGUUUGGUAAUACCGAUGCUGUAGUCAAAUACGUCUUAGAAGGACAUGAUCGUGGAGUCAAUUGGGCAUCUUUCCAUCCCACAUUACCUUUGAUCGUUUCUUGCGGUGAUGAUAGACAAGUCAAACUUUGGAGAAUGUCAGAAACGAAAGCUUGGGAAGUAGAUUCUUGUCGAGGACACUUCAACAAUGUCUCGAUGAGUAUGUUCCAUCCAAGACAUGAGUUACUCUUAUCCGCAAGUGAAGACAAGACAAUCAGAGUAUGGGAUAUGACAAAAAGAACUGCAGUACAAACUUUUAGAAGAGAACAUGAUAGAUUUUGGGUAUUGACUGCUCAUCCUGAGUUGAACCUUUUCGCUGCCGGUCACGACAAUGGUCUUAUCGUAUUCAAACUUGAACGUGAAAGACCCGCUUUCUCCUUAUCUGGUAACCAACUGUUCUACGUCAAGGACAAAGUCGUUCGUAUGGCAGAUUUGACAAAUGGAACCAAUCAAGGUAUAUGUAGUGUAAGAAAACUUGGUUCUCAAUGGGUACAACCUAGAACGUUAUCCUACAACCCAGCUGAAAGAGCUGUAAUCGUCACUUCCCCUUCUGAAAACGGAUCAUACGAACUCAUCACAUUACCCAAAUCGACCGCUCCUUCACCUUCGGACGGUAAAGACGUACCAUCAGAUGGUAAAAGAGGUAAUGGUAUUUGUGCUAUUUUCGUAGCUAGAAACAGAUUGGCUGUAUUGGACAAAACCGCUCAAAACAUCGAUAUUAAAGAUCUUUCAAAUGCAGUUACUAAAACUGUUAAAUGUCCCGUUCAAACGACUGAAAUCUUUUACGGUGGUACCGCAUCUCUCCUUCUUGCUACGGCUACUUCCGUCGUUCUCUUCGAUAUCCAGCAACAAAAGAUUCUCGCAGAGAUCACUACCCCUCCAGUCAAAUAUGUUGUCUGGAGUACGGACGGAAACAUGGUCGCGUUGUUGAGCAAACACACUAUCACCAUUGCGAACAAGGCUCUUACACAAAGCGCUUUGAUUCACGAGACCAUCCGAAUCAAGUCUGCUGCAUGGGACGAUAGUGGUAUCCUCAUCUACACUACUCUCAACCACAUCAAAUAUGCUCUUCCUCAAGGAGAUAACGGUAUAAUCAAGACCCUUGAACAACCAGUAUACCUCACUCGAGUUAAAGGUCAAAUUGUUCAUUGUCUAGACCGAACCGCUAAACCCAGAACAAUAACGAUCGAUCCUACCGAAUACCGAUUCAAGCUUGCAUUAGUAAGGAAGAACUAUGACGAGGUCUUGCAAAUUAUCAGAAGCUCGAACCUUGUCGGUCAAAGUAUUAUUGGAUAUUUGCAAAAGAAAGGUUACCCCGAAAUCGCUCUUCAUUUCGUUCAAGAUCAACAGACUAGAUUCGACCUGGCUAUCGAAUGUGGUAAUCUGCAGGUAGCACUAGAAAUGGCCAGAGCUGUAGACAGAGAAGAUGCGUGGAACCGACUGGGCGCAGCUGCCUUACAACAAGGUAAUCACGCAAUUGUUGAGACUGCUUAUCAAAAGACAAAGAACUUUGACAAGUUAUCUUUCCUCUACCUCAUCACGGGAAAUACUCAGAAACUAAGUAUGAUGCAAGUCAUCGCACAAAAAAGAGGCGAUAGUAUGUCUAGGUUCCAAAACUCCCUUUAUCUCGGUGAUAUCCAAGCUAGAGUGGAUGUACUUAGGGAGACUGGUCAAUACCCGCUCGCGUAUUUCACAGCCAAGACUAACGGACUUGACGAUACUGCUCUUGAAAUCCUCGAAGAAGCUGGUAUGACAGAAGAUGACUUACCACCACCUCCCCAAAACUCUGGUCAUUCAUCGCUUGCUCCUCCUCCUAUCGCAUUCUCUCAAACGGACUCCAACUGGCCCAUUAAAGAUCUCGGAGAAUCAUUCUUCGACCGAGCUUUGGCCAACGGUGGAGCAGACGGAUUUGUUGGUGACUCAUCAGGUGUCGAGAGUGGUGAACAACUCGACGCUUGGGCAGCAGAUGUCGCUGUUGAUGGUACUGAGGAAGGUGUAGAAGACGGUGAAGAGGAUGAAGGUUGGGAUCUGGACGCAGAAGUCAUUGCUGCUCCAGAGGAAGAGGUAGCGCCCGAAGAAGAACAAGUUGAAGCGGAUUUAUCGGAAGGUGUAUCUGCCGGUAUCAGUGAAGAUGAGUUGUGGAUAAGAAAUUCCCCAUUGGCUGCAGAUCAUGCAGCUGCAGGUAACUUCGAGUCUGCCAUGCAGUUACUCAAUCGACAAAUCGGAGCAGUCAAUUUCGCCCCACUCAAGCCUUUCUUCCUUCAAUCAUACCAAGCCGCUCAUGUUCACGUACCGGCGAAUCCAUCAUUACCACCUCUGAAAUACAAUGUAAGAAGGAACCCAGAAUCAUCGGAAUUGAGGGAGUUCCUGCCUGUUAUAUCGUACAAUUUCGAUGAUCUAAAAGCAAACGAGUUGGCAGAAGCAAACAAAUUCUUUGCAAGAGGUAAAUUCGUUGAAGCAUUGUCUUCUUUCAGAGCUGUAUUGCAGAAGUUGGUCGUUGUAGUAGUCGAAGAUGAGAAUGAUGCUUUAGAGAUCAAAGAAUUAGUCAUCACAUGUCGUGAAUACAUAAUAGGAUUAACGAUGGAAGUUGAACGACGUAGAUUAGUGACCGAGGAACCUGAAAACAUUGUUCGAAUCUUAGAGUUGGCAGCUUAUUUCACGCAUUGUCAACUGGCAAUUCAGCAUGUUCAAUUAGCAUUAAGAUCAGCAAUGAAAGUUUUCAGUGAUGCUGGAAAUCAUUCAACAGCUGCUGUAUUCGCUAGAAGAUUGAUUGAUACCAAACCUGCCGGUGCACAAGUAAUUACUCAGGCUCGUGCUGUACUCACGCAAGGUGAUCGAAAUCCAAGAGACGCUCAUGAAAUAACAUAUGACCAAUUCACUACAUUCGAUAUCUGUCCAGCAUCACUCACUCCAAUCUAUCAAGGUUCACCUUCAGUCAUCUCACCUUACACAGGAGCUAAAUACCUACCUGAAUUCAAAGGAACAGUAUGUAAAGUCGAUGAGAUUACUCAAGUUGGUUUGACCGCUAGUGGAUUAAGGAGUAGAGUUUAG